UAAUUAUUAUUUUAUUAUUAUUUAAAUUCCUUAAGAAUUUUUAUUUUAAGCUUUAUUAUAAAAGUUUUUAUAUUUAA